AUGUCUGCCGAGGAUACCAACAACAAUGGCCCCGUCGACUCCGGUGUCGACAACCUAGCUGACAAGCUUGGCUCAGCUCAGAUUUCCGACCAGCCGCGCACGGAAGAGGAGUAUGCUCAAGCUCAGCUCACCCUCCGUGCCAUUGUCACUUCACGUGAAGCCGGCGUGAUUAUUGGCAAAGCCGGUCAAAACGUUGCCGAUCUUCGUGAGAAGACGGGUGUGCGUGCUGGUGUCAGCAAGGUUGUGCCGGGUGUGCAUGAUCGUGUGUUGACUGUCACGGGGGCGUUGACGGCAAUCAGCGAGGCGUAUGGUUUGGUGGCUGAUGGGUUGGUGAAGGGUGCUCCGCAGGUGGGCAUGGGCGGCGUUGUGGCUAACCCGAACACUCACCCCAUUCGUCUCCUCAUCUCGCACAACCAAAUGGGCACGAUCAUUGGUCGCCAAGGCCUCAAGAUCAAGCAGAUCCAGGACGCCUCCGGUGUUCGUAUGGUAGCUCAGAAAGAGAUGUUGCCGCAAUCGACCGAGCGUAUCGUCGAGGUUCAAGGCACACCAGACGGGAUUCAGAAGGCAACGUGGGAGAUCGGGAAGUGCCUGAUCGACGACCAGGAGCGUGGGUACGGCACGGUAUUGUACAGCCCUGCUGUACGUGUACAAGGCGGUGCACCUGCACCUGCCAUAAACGGCGGCAGUUACAACCAAUCACCGAGGAACUUCAACCGCACAGGCAAUGGUGCAGACUUCACUGGAGGCCCGUCACCAGCAUAUAAUCAACGUCGCAGCACAGGCGGCCAAGACGGUGGCCCACCGGGAGCAGUAGAGGAUGGCGAGGACAUCCAAACUCAAAACAUCAGCAUUCCCGCAGACAUGGUCGGCUGCAUCAUCGGUCGUGGUGGCAGCAAGAUCAGCGAGAUCAGGAAGUCAUCCGGAGCACGCAUCAGCAUUGCCAAGGCACCUCAUGACGAGAGUGGCGAGCGCAUGUUCACUAUUACUGGUGGCCCGACUGCCAACGAGAAGGCUCUCUACUUGCUGUAUGAGAACCUUGAGGCGGAGAAGAUGCGCCGCAGUCAGAUCCCCGAGGCCGCAGCGUAG